CCCACCCUUGCCUCCUGCCUUACUCUCUUCAGAAGAACCACACCGUCCUCUCUCUCUUUCUCUCUUGGGCUCUACUUAAACCUUUUAACAACUGGGAUAAAAACGCAACACCUCAACCAAGAAAAGCUCUCAGAGAAUGCUUCACCAGCACUGUAUUUGAGAAAACAACAACAGCCAUUUAAAAAGAUCUACUUCAGAGAAACCCUUCAUUUUUGGACUUUAGACUUUUAACUGCCUAAAAGAGAAAAAGAAAGAAAAAGUGCAUCAUGGAACUUCAGAAACUAACAAACGGUCACCACCAAGAAUUUCAGCAACUUGAGGAAGGAGAGCCAACUGAACGAGAGGAGUUUUUGCCGCACAAGAGUGAUGGAGGAAAAACCCCUCAGUUUACAGACUUUGAAGGAAAGACGUCAUUUGGAAUGUCUGUCUUCAAUCUUAGCAAUGCCAUCAUGGGAAGUGGGAUUCUGGGACUGUCCUACGCCAUGUCCAACACUGGGAUUGUUCUCUUUCUGGUCUUGUUGACCUGCAUUGCUGUUUUGUCAUCAUACUCUGUUCAUCUUCUGCUGAGGAGUGCAGGGGUUGUGGGUAUUCGCGCUUAUGAACAACUGGGUAAACGAGCGUUUGGACACCCAGGGAAAAUACUGGCAGCUGUUGUCAUAACGAUGCACAACAUAGGUGCUAUGUCUAGCUACCUCUUCAUUGUGAAGUAUGAAUUGCCUCUGGUUAUACAGGCUUUCCUUGGCCUUCAGCACAGCAGUGGUGAGUGGUUCCUGAAUGGCAACUAUCUGAUCAUCAUUGUGUCCAUUUCCAUCAUUUUGCCACUUGCUCUGAUGAGACAGCUUGGGUAUCUGGGCUACACCAGUGGCUUCUCUCUGACAUGUAUGGUUUUCUUCUUGAUCUCAGUCAUCUAUAAGAAGUUCAACAUCCCCUGUCCUUUUGAAGAUUUCUCCAACCACACAGUUGUUUCAAACAUAUCUAUCAUUGAGGGUGAAUGUGAAGCCAAAUUCUUCACCAUCAACCAACAGACUGCCUACACCGUUCCCAUUCUGGCCUUUGCUUUUGUUUGCCACCCUGAGGUUCUGCCGAUCUACACCGAGCUGCGCAAUCCCACAAAGAGACGCAUGCAGGCCAUCGCCAACGUCUCCAUUCUUGGGAUGUUUGUCAUGUAUCUGCUCACUGCCAUCUUUGGCUACCUCACCUUUUAUUUAAACACAGAAGCAGAACUUCUCCACACCUACAGUAAGGUGGAUCCUUUAGAUACGCUGAUCUUGUGUGUGCGAGUGGCUGUUCUGGUGGCCGUGACUCUGACUGUUCCUGUUGUGCUCUUCCCGAUUCGCAGAGCCCUUCUUCAGCUUCUGUUCCCUGAAAAGCCUUUCCAUUGGGCACGUCACAUCUCUAUUGCCUUGUGUCUCCUUUUCGUUGUCAAUCUGUUUGUCAUUUUUGUGCCCAACAUUCGAGAUAUUUUCGGCAUCAUUGGUGCUACCUCUGCUCCGAGCUUGAUCUUCAUCCUACCAGGUCUUUUUUACAUCCGUAUCGUUUCCCCCGAGCAAGAACCAAUGAACUCAAGACCAAAAAUUCUGGCGGCCUGCUUUACUGCUCUGGGCUUCAUUUUUAUGACCAUGAGCUUGACAUUCAUCACACUGGACUGGGUCUACGGAGAGAAUCGAAGUGGAGGAGGUCACUGAUCUUCAACCACGAUAUUGUAAGGGUCCAAUAAGCCUUCCUAGAGGAACACCAUCACCCCUUCACUCUCCCGAACGUGAGAGAAACCAAAAACAUCUCUUAGGCUGGACCCAACUCGCCUCAGAUCCCACUGAGUAAGGAAAGGACUGACGUCCUGCCAUCUUUCAAAUAAAAAUGGAUAAAUCCUAUGAUGUUUCAUGGUGGAGGAUUUCUGGGGGACACAGAAAUGUCAUGGCAUUUUGAGGCCGUUUCUAUAGGCUUCAUAACAUUAAAUGAUGUUUGUGUUGGAGAUGGAGGCCCGCUAUAUAGCUUUAAAAUAAUGCAAGAGAUACAGCAGAAGCCAAACUAGAUGACUGGAGAGGUUCGUUUUAUUGUCCGAUGGAGGCUAGGAAACAAUCAGGUUCGUCACCAGUCACCAGUUUUCUGUUGUCCCCAUCAAAUGUAAGCCAUAUUCUCAGAGUGCAAUAGCUGGGAAAUUAAAACACAUUUUCCUUCUUCAGCUGGUUUAUCCAAAAAUGUUGCUUAUGAUAAGAAAAUUCAACCUCAUCUCAUACAGUCUUGUACUGAAUCUGUCAGUGUCUUUUAUAUCUGAGAAUCAAACUGCUGAAAUUCGAGGUGUGAAAUUGAAUUAAGGGGAAAAAUUCACUUGAGAUUAAAAGGGUCUUAUAAUAGAAACUGCACUACAAAUGAAAACAGACAAUCAGCUUUAUACCGUCUCAGUUUUUUUUUCCUUUUCUGCUGGAUAUCAUUUAAUUUGUUCAACAAAUGUGAGGUACGUACAGUUGCAGUAUUUCGUGGUGCCGUAGGGUGAAAUGCCAUCCGUGGUUUCAGAUGAGGAACAGGUGGAAAACUACAUUUAAGGUGCUUAUUAUUUUACUGAGAUGGAAUCUAACAUGUGAAUUUACUGAUUCAAGCCAUAUUUCACAUUGAUCGGUCACAGUCUAACACUACAUCCAUGAAAAUGAACACACAUUUGUGGAAAUUCAUGGAUAAGUAAACAAGCAAAUUGUAGAUUAGUAAAUGUAAAGAGCCAAAAAAAAAAAAAGCAAGAAACACUGACCACACUAAAUAUAUUUAUUUUCCUAAAAUACUUUUCUUUAUUAUUAUUAUUAUUAUUAUUAUUAUUAUUAUUAUUAUUAUUAUUAUUAUUAUUAUGUGCAGUUUAUAGGCAAAAAAGUCUAAGACUCAAACAUUUUGGAUUUAAAAUCCUGUAUAAACCUGGAAAAAUCGUAAACGUAAAAUUAAAAUUGUUCACAAUUUUGCAACUCUAAUGCUGAAUCAGGCCAAAACACUUAACAUUCUCAAAUUCUUUUAAACUUAGCAAGUAAACUGCCCUGCUGAUGAUAAAAUGAUUAAAUAGAAAGCAAGAAAAAGCCAUAUCCCUCGAUAUUUUUAAACACUAGCUUUUAAUGCCAAAGCACCAACAAUUGGCCAAACCCUUUCAAACUUUAAAUAACAAAAGGAACAAUGACUUUGCAUGUCACUGAAUGGCAUUUUUACCUCCCGCUCCUCUAUAGACUGAGACAAUGCUGUUCUUGAAAGUGAUUUGAUGGCACAGCAAGAACUCCAGCGCAUUGCUAAUAGCAUUAAAAGAUAGCAGUCCCCUUCUCUCCAACUUGCCACUGUCCUGCAAUUCCUAUUUAUUUUGUUACAGAAGUAAUUACACCGUUUCGAUGACUCUGUUUGUUUGGUAAUCUGAAAGCUGGUGCCAAAAUUGUAUGAGGUUAAAGAUUGGCGUUUCCCAUGUAAAACACAAACACACCAAAGAGAGCUGGCAGUUGAACAAGUGCCUUUUUCUACUGCUUUUACUUUUGUUUGUUGUUGAACUGUAUUGUUUGAACUGACUUUGACUUUGUGAUACUUGCCAUUAUCAAUAAAAAAACUGUGUGGUCAGUA